UUCGUGGUCACCAAUCUCCACUGCAUCCCCCCACUUCAACUCCUCGUCAUGCCGAGGAAAAGGGGGAUGAAACCCCCCUGUCCCCGGAGAAGCCUCUGGUCGCUCAGGGGUUAAACGUCCUUCGGUAGUAGGAGGUGGGAGCUGGGAGCUGGGGAUGGAGCAGAGCCCGUGUGGCUGUAUACCACAGAUCAUUUUUCAUGGGGGAGAAAGACAGAAAAAAAACCGACAAGAGGCAGCGUUACACCAGAGGAGAACAAAGUGAGCACGUCGUGUGACCGUGGAAACCGGAGGAACCAAGCGACGCGAUCAACCUGCUCCUUCCACCGUCAACGUAGAUUCUCGUUGAUCUCCUUCUCCCCCCCCCCCCCCCUCAAAUGCACAGAUGCUCUGACUGCACGGGAGGCAUGUGGCCGACGUUUGUAGUGUCCUGUGCCGGGAACCUCGUGCACGCUCCUGCUGCCUCCUGGUGAAAAUGGUCCGGCUGCGCGCGAACUCUUGAGAUUCGCGGAUUUCCGCCCCCGGGUGGUUUUUGCGGCUCGUCCGUCGGAGGAGCGUCGUCAUAGAAGCGCCCGCCAGGAUGAGAGUCGUCGAGUCGGUCGGAUGUCGGCUUGUCCUCGGUCGCGCGGGCUCUGUUCUCUGCAGCGGGCGAAGAAGCCAGUGAACUUGUUCCGUUCGUCUGGUCCCGGGUGCGAAGUUGUUUCGGCGGCGACGCGGGAAACAGAAACAGCUGAUCCCACCGUGCACAGGGAGCACCGACGCUCUCCUGUGCGUUGGUAUUCGUCACGGUGAACAUUCGGACGACCAUGGCUCUCGUCGCCGACAGACGUCGUUAAAUGCAGCCGACACUCCGCCAGGUACUCGCGCUUCGUGUCAGACCGCCUCGCCGCGGUGGCUCGCCGAGCGCCACGCGAGAGCCGGGGCCCUCUUCUCGCAACGUCGCCUGGAAACCACGAGACCCCCGAGACCCCCCGACAGGUGUGAGCCCGGACACGCGCCAUGGACGACUCCGGGAUCAUCCGAAGACGGAGGCUGCAGAAGGAUCUGCCCCUGCCCCGAAAAAGUAGCAGUUGCAGAACCAGUAACCGGAAAAGCCUCAUCCUGACCAGUACGUCCCCCACCCUGCCACGGCCGCACUCUCCACUGCCUGGACACAUAGGAAGCAGCCCGUUGGACAGUCCGCGCAACUUCUCACCGAGUGGACCCGCCCACUUUUCCUUCGCCUCAUCUCGAAGGGCCGAUGGUCGUAGAUGGUCCUUGGCUUCUCUGCCUUCGUCAGGAUAUGGCACCAAUACACCUAGUUCAACGUCGUCCAGCUCGUCCCAGGAGCGUCUGCACCAGCUGCCCUUCCAGCCGACCAUGGACGAGUUGCACUUCCUGUCCAAGCACUUUGGCAGCACAGAGAGCAUCACGGAUGAUGACGGAGGCCGCCGCUCGCCGCAUGUCCGCCCUCGCUCUCGGAGUCUCAGCCCGGGGCGCUCGCCAUCCUGCUAUGACAAUGAAAUCAUGAUGAUGAACCAUGUCUACAAGGAGCGCUUCCCCAAGGCCACAGCUCAGAUGGAGGAGCGGCUGGCAGAGUUCAUUCACAGCUUUUCCCCAGAGAGUGUUCUGCCAGUGGCCGACGGGGUCCUCAGCUUCAUCCACCACCAGAUAGCUGAGCUGUCCAGAGACUGCCUGACCAAAUCACGGGAGGGCGUCAUCACCAGCGUCUACUUCUAUGAACUGCAGGAGAACCUGGAGAAGCUGAUGAAUGAUGCUUAUGAGCGCUCAGAGAGUUCGGAGCUCACCUUCGUCAUUGAGCUGGUCAAAAAGCUCUUCAUCAUCAUAUCUCGUCCUGCCAGGCUCCUGGAGUGUUUGGAGUUCAACCCAGAAGAGUUUUACCACUUGCUGGAGGCAGCGGAGGAUCACGCCAAGGAGGGACAACUGAUGAAGGCAGACAUCCCUCGGUACAUCAUCAGCCAAUUGGGGCUGACCAGAGACCCACUGGAGGAAAUCGUGAGUCUCGACAGCUAUGACAGUGAAGGACCACAUACUCCAGAGACUGAUGACUCAGCAGAGGGAAAAGGGAGAGCCUUCAAGCACCCGAGUGAAGAAGAUUUUCAGAGCAUCAAACUGAUCAGCAAUGGAGCUUAUGGUGCCGUCUACCUGGUGCGGCACAGGGAGACGCGUCAGCGAUUUGCCAUGAAAAAGAUCAACAAGCAGAAUCUGAUCCUGAGGAACCAGAUCCAGCAGGCGUUUGUAGAGCGAGACAUCCUCACAUUUGCAGAGAACCCAUUCGUCGUCUCAAUGUUUUGCUCCUUUGAAACACGGCGACACCUCUGCAUGGUCUUGGAAUAUGUUGAGGGUGGUGACUGUGCCACUUUGUUGAAGAACAUCGGAGCUCUGCCUGUAGAGCUGGCAAGGAUGUACUUUGCUGAGACUGUUUUAGCCCUGGAGUACCUGCACAACUAUGGCAUUGUUCACAGAGACCUCAAACCUGACAAUCUCCUGAUCACGUCCAUGGGCCACAUCAAGCUCACAGACUUUGGGUUGUCGAAGAUGGGCCUAAUGAGCCUCACCACCAACCUUUAUGAGGGACACAUUGAGAAAGAUGCCAGAGAGUUCCUGGACAAGCAGGUGUGUGGUACUCCAGAGUACAUCGCUCCAGAGGUGAUUCUCUUUCAGGGCUAUGGAAAGCCAGUGGAUUGGUGGGCCAUGGGCAUCAUCCUGUAUGAGUUCCUGCUCGGCUGUGUGCCUUUCUUUGGAGACACUCCUGAGGAGCUGUUUGGACAGGUCAUAACAGACAAUAUUGUUUGGCCAGAUGGUGAUGACGCCUUGCCUGCAGAUGCCGAGGCUCUCAUAUCAGCUCUGCUGCAGACAAACCCUCUAGUGAGGUUGGGGACAGGUGGAGCGUUUGAGGUGAAGCAGCACUCGUUCUUCACCGAGCUGGACUGGAACAGUUUGCUGAGGCAGAAGGCAGAGUUCAUCCCUCACCUGGAGUCAGAGGAGGACACCAGCUACUUUGACACCCGUUCGGAUCGUUAUCACCACAUCAAUACGUACGACGAGGACGACACCAAUGACGACGAGCCGGUGGAGAUCAGACAGUUUUCCUCCUGUUCUCCUCGCUUCAGCAAGGUGUACAGCAGCAUGGAGCAUCUAUCUCAGCUGGAGCAGAAGGCUUCCAGCUCGGUGUCCCGUCGGGAGCACAAGGGCCCGCGGGACGACAAGGUGACCAAGAGAGAGAGCCUGGGGAGCUUCAGCAUGAGGGACAAGAGCUGGAGGACUGGGUCGCCUGAGAUGAAGCGCCUGUCUUGUUCGGAGUCCCUCUACAUGGAAGGGGACUCGAGCCCUCCCCUUGGUGCUCGGCGACGCUUCUCAGCGCUGAUGGAUACCCAUCGUUUUGCCUCACCCCUGGAGGGCGAGCCAGACUUCCCGUCCCGCCAGGCUCCCUUCAAGGUCCGUGGAACCUCGCUGGAUGGGACCAGCACCCCCUCACCGAGUCUUCUGGAGCAUAGGACCAGUCUGAAAGAGAUCAACGGAGCAGACAAGCCCCCUCGACCUGGAGAGACGCCAGGCAUUACCGCGGCAAUCACCACAUUAUCCCCAGGUCCUGCAGCAGCAGCCAGCCGUGAUGUGAUAACCCCUCUGUAUGACCCGCUGGGUUCCCGGGCCACCAAUGACUUGGUCCUCCGCAGGGCGCGCCAUCAACAUUUGUCCGGUGAUAGUGACAAACGCAACUCCAGACCUGGCAACAAGGUCAUCAAGUCAGCCUCUGCCACAGCCCUGUCUGUCAUUAUACCAUCAGUGGAGCAGCACGGUGGCUUCUCUCCGCUGGCCAGCCCCAUGUCUCCACACUCUUUCUCAUCCAACCCCUCAUCCCGAGACUCUUCGCCCAGCAGAGACUUCUGCCCCGCGGUCAGUGCGCUGCGCUCCCCCAUCACCAUCCAUCGCUCUGGAAAGAAAUAUGGUUUCACCCUCAGGGCCAUCAGGGUGUACAUUGGAGACAGUGACAUCUACAGCGUGCAUCAUAUUGUUUGGCAUGUGGAGGACAGCGGCCCCGCCCAGGAAGCUGGCCUGUGUGCUGGUGACCUCAUCACUCAUGUCAACGGGGAGCCUGUCCACGGUCUGGUUCACACUGAAGUGGUGGAGCUCAUCCUCAAGAGUGGCAACAAGGUCACGGUGACAACUACACCUUUCGAGAACACGUCCAUAAAAGUGGGACCUGCCCGGAAGGCCAGCUACAAGUGCAAGAUGGCCCGACGAAACAAGAGGACCAUGGGAAAGGACAGCCAGGACAGUAAGAAGCGGAGCUCCUUGUUUCGCAAGAUCACGAAACAGUCCAAUUUGCUGCACACCAGCCGCAGCCUGUCCUCUCUGAAUCGCUCUCUGUCCUCCAGUGAGAGUCUCCCUGGCUCCCCGACUCACAGUCUAUCUGCACGGUCUCCUACACAGGGCUAUCGCUCCACCCCUGAGCCCUCGUACCUGGGCGCCUCCUCCCAGAGCAGCUCUCCAGCCUCUAGCACUCCAAACUCCCCUGCUCCCUCACAGCACAUGAGGCCCAGCUCCCUGCACGGCCUCUCGCCUAAACUGCACCGCCAGUAUCGCUCUGCCCGUUGUAAAUCUGCUGGUAACAUUCCCCUGUCCCCGCUGGCCCACACACCUUCGCCUACGCAGUCUUCUCCUCCACCCUUGCCGGGCCACACUGUAGGGAGCUCCAACACAACCCAGUCUUUCCCUGUCAAGCUCCACUCGUCGCCGCCAGUGGUCCGUCCCAGGCCCAAGAGUGCCGAGCCCCCUCGAUCGCCUCUCCUCAAACGAGUGCAGUCAGCGGAGAAGCUGGGCUCUCCUCUGACCCAGUCCAGUUCUACGGGAGGGCUGGGCGGCCCGCUGAGGAAGCACAGUCUGGAGGUGCAGCACUCCGAGUAUCGCAAGGAUGCAUUCCUCUGUGAGCUCGGGCUCCAGAGCCUGUUGGAGACAGAGGGGGAACAUUUGCCUAAUCCUCCACCCCUGCCCUCAUCCUCGUCAUCGAUUACACCAGAGACCGGUGUGCUGAAGCCUGCGAGGAGACUAGGGAGGCAGGAGUCACCGCUUAGCAGGGAAACACUGCUGGCCGGGAGGGAGAGGGAAGAGAGAGAGAGAGGAAGGGAGAGGGAAAGAGAAAGGGAGAGUCGCAUUGGUGCAACAGCAUCACAGUCAUCCUUAACAAGAAAACCUCAUACAAGUGAGCUGCCUUUGAACUCACAAAUCUCCAGAGUAGGUGCAGAAACCACUAAAGUUACAACUCCUAGCACCCCUACAAAGACAACAGGAAGUCUAGGUGGUCAGAUAGUAACUGAAAAGAUCCACCAGGUUCAGACAGACUUAACUCCAAAACAGUUAGACCCCAGGGCAGGCAAAAGUAUGUUGUCCAAUAGUAAAGAUCUCCAGGAGCAGCAGCUACUGGCUAGAGCUGAACCAAAGCAGGAGGGAAACAACAGGAGUGGUCACUUUUGGUCUAGUUUACCUGGUGCUGCCUUCACUAAGAGCUCUGCUUCCAUUCCAGAUAAAUCCAUUGGCAUCAACAUGACAGUGACGGCGGGUCCUCUGAGCAUGAACAAAACCUUUAAGCCAUCAGGUAUGGGGGACAGCUUGAGAAAGGCUGGAGCUGAGAGCAGUGACUCAAGGACUCCAGACCUCGGCUCCAAAAGCCCCAAACUUCCAGCUCGGGUCCUCGCUCCCGUUGUUCCCCAACAUGGGCAGACACUUUCCCUGGGCAAGGUGAGGCAGGGACUCGGAGCCGUCAACUGCUACAGGGGAACCCUCGAUUGGGAGGACAAAUGUCGCCUGGAGGUGGUGGAAGAGCACUCGCCGUCCCCGUCUCCCUCACCCACCGGUGUCACCCCCUCCCUCUGCGGGCCUUCCCUCUGUAAGUCGCGGCCUGCCUCCCCUGGCGACAAGACGAGCUUCGUUAGCCAGCUGACCACUGUGGCCAAAAGCGUCCUCGGGCCAAUCAAGCUUGGCUCCCAGGAGGGGUCCAGGAGCAAGGAGCAGCAGACUAAGGCAGCGGAGGAGAAGCACGGAGGCACCGCGGGAAAGUUUGACACUUCUGCAGUUGGUCGAGUGGUUGUUGGGGCUUCAGUGGUGACUCAAAGUCCCGCUGGUUCACCACUAGACAAGCCUGCAGCAGGUAGCAGCCCGCCGAAAAUGUGACCCUGUGGUCACACGCAAAAAAAAGAUGCCUUUUUUUUUUGGAAGAACACUGCGACUGAAGUCAAGCACUUAAAAACAAUGUACAUUCCAAUUUCAGAAUAUAUAUAAUGUUAUUUAUUGAUUCCAAUCAUUGAUUAUAACUUAAAAUCAGGAGUAAAAAAACUAAAAAAAAACUACUGUAAAGGUGCAUUAACUAUUGCUUUUCUAUUAUAAAUUAUUUAAUAAGAAGACUCUUGACUAUUGUGGAACACUUUAUCAGAUGUAUAUGUAUGUGUGUCUAUGUGAACGCAUGUCAUAUGGUAAUGUACUGUACAUGUUCAAUAGGCACAAGAGGUCAAAAAGUGCUUUACCGAUCAAAACAUGCUGAAUACUGUGAAUACCAAAUCCCGUCACUCUGUUUUUGUCUUUCAACCAGCCCUCUCUUCUCACACUGCUCAUCAGACACGGCAAUGGGAAAAGGGUGGCGAACGGAGACACAAUUGAGUUGUUAUGUUUUCGUCAAACAACACGGAUGACGAAGCGGCAUCCGUUUGUCUACAGCAACAAGAUGAUUUAGCUCAUUUUUUCCUCAUCCGGCAGUUUGCUUUGUCUGAGUUGCAUGUUCAAAGCUAAAGCAGGCACUCUGUCAGUGGACGUCACAUCAAGCACUGUCCAGCCCUGUCUGUCACAGGGGGAUUGUGUGUGUGUGUGUGUGUGCGUGCUUGCGUGCGUGCGUGCGUGCGUGCGUGCGUGCGUGCCACCUUGGGUCUAUUUCUGGUGGUUGUUCAAGGCUGUGUCCUGCCACACAAGAAAUCGGGGGUGACAGAGCUCAGGCUCAGCGCUUAUCUCCCCUUCGCAGGAGGGCUACCACAGCCCCUUUCUCCUCCCUCUGCCUCUGACUAUCAGUCGACGGCCUGCACAAACACAUGCACUGGCCCACAAACACGUACAACACACCGCCACAGGAGGCAGCAGUGUCAGCAGCUGAUUUUAGUGCAUUUAAAUACAUCCCCCUUGUGGUCCGUGAACCGGGACGUGAGUGUGUUUGCGAGCGAGUGAGUCAAGAAACAUGACCGUGUAUGUAUGUACGACCAAAACCAUGGCGAACAGACGGCAGUGAUGAUCCUGUUACAGGUUUUAGGCAAAACACACUGGUGAAGAAAAAAUGUAGUCUUUGAAUAUAGAAUGUGAAGGCAUAAGAAAAUAUUAUAAGCACAUAUACAGUGAACCGGUUUGUUGGAAAAGCAGGCAGUGGUGGAUGUAGCAUACCGUCAUUUAUUAGUUAAAGGGCUCUAUAGCUAAGGUACAGUAGGGUUGGUGGAUAUGGGCAUGGUAUAUUAUCACAAUGAACCUGCUAUUGUAAAAACAAGGUUAUCUACACUAUAAUCAGAAUGGCUGUGAUGUUAGGUGCUACAAGCAACAGUAGGUAGUCGAGGUUGAUUCAUGUAUUGCUCAUGUUUUGCUGUGUAACAUACUGAUAGUGGUGUUUGUCGGCAGAGGAGGGAGAAUGUUCACCGGACAGAAACAACUGGUUCUCCUCUCCCAUCGGACUCAUUCCUCUCCCUGUAGUUCAUAUCUUAGUAACUAUCCAGUGUACAUAAUCUUAUGCAAACUGAUUUGCAUCUGUGUGUGUGAGGACGGCUGUCACCACCCAGCUUUGAUGCGCUUUUCAAUUUCACUCUGCCAGUGAUUCGGCGAAAAUUUAUUUGAACUCUUCCUAGCUCUACAAAUGUAAACUGAUUCAGCCAGCAACAGCACACGAAAACUUCACGUAAACUUAGGAGACUUAGAUGUCUUUUCAACUCAAAACUUAUGUUUCAAAUAAGUGGUUCUGUCUGAAACACAGAUUCAACUUGCUAAAUGUGCAAAUUUGUUCUCCAGCCUGUUAUGGACCAGGUAGUUGGUCUAUAGUUGUGCUCCUUGUUGCUGGCAGCCACGUCUUGGUUUAAAUGUUUGGGAAAAUCAAAACAAUGAGCUGAAAGUGGCUAAAAGCUUGGUAGAGCUACAAAGUGGGAGGCUGGUUUUUGAGUUUUUGCGGUAUGUGACAUUUUCACAUUACCAGACAUUAAUAUAAAACAACUUUGCUUGAUGCGUUUUCGAUGCGAUAUGUAUGAACUCAUUUUUAUCCAUUUUAGAUAUAUGAAAGAGAUUCUGUUAGCAAUCCAUUCUUGAAUCUAAUAUUGGUGUUACAAUGAUUUUACAUAACCCCAGUAAAAAGUCCCAUGUAGUACAUAAAGAAGUCGGUUUGUUUCAUUUGGCAUCGUACUCUACUGCCCUCCGGUGGUUCACAAUGCCCACUGCCCAUGUUUAUUAAUAACCUGUUGGGUAGAGUUUCAGUGAUGACGCCAGGACCAUUGAUAUACUGCAAAAUGGAUGUUAUUAGCCAUAUAGGGAUGUGAAUAUGCAUUUAUGUAUCAGAAUAUUUGCAGUAAAUAUCAGAUAACACUUGAAACCUUUUUUUCCUGUUGCUGUGUUCUUCAUGUGACUGUUAAUUAUAUAUUCUGGAAUAGGGAUUAACAUUUUUAAGUAUAUUGUCUUAUAUAUUCUACUGAUAGGAAGGACUUCUUUUAUAUCUUGAUGUAACAAACGAGUCAUCAGGUCAGCUCUGGUCACCUGGUUAACAAAACUAACUGUAAUAUAAUCUUAUACAACUGUUAUGUCCACGUUCAGGCCUUCUCGCAGUCAAUGGUGUCUAUACUAGUGUUAUAUGUUUGAGAUUUUUUUUUGUUUGUUUUUUAGUUUUUUAUUGAUUGCCAGAGAGAGUAGUAUAAAUGCACUUUAUUCGAUAGACAUCUUUAUUUGCUGGUUUUGUUUGUAAGUCACUUUGAAGAAAAAGUAAAUAUAUUGUAUACAAAUAGGGAUUCUACAGAUGAACACAAAAGUCCAAGUAUAAAAACAUUCCACGUUUCUCUGUUCACUGAAAAAGUAUUUCUUUGUACCAUUGGGGCAUUUUUGUUUUGUUUGUGGUAGAUGUGAUUCAAAUGCAGACACCUGAAGUGCAGUAUGUGGAAUAAAAUUCUGAGAUUUGUUCCAAAAUGUGCCAUCUCUCUGAUUCUAAUCUAAAUUUAACUGACAGUAAUCUGUGACCACGACCCUGAAGCCACCCUCAUAUAAUCUCAGUAAAGUAUACAUACACUGUAUCUGCAUACUAAUUUUCACAUUAAACAAACAUUUUGACAUGUGUUAGCAGGUGUAAAUACUAAUAAGGACUAUUUUCUGAAUAAAUGAAGCCAGCAAUGAUGUUAUGAGUUUA